AAUUUUCAGACUCACAUCUACGGCGUCCGCAGCAAUUUUGACGACAUGGCCGCCAGUCCCGUUUCGGUCGAGUACCUGUCGACGGGCGCGAACCGGCAGACGGCCGUCGCAGAUUGGAGUCGCGGCGGCAUCUUGGCCUUUGGAGCCGAUAUCAACGUUGCUCUGUGGAGGCCUGCUUCGGAUCCGCCAAAGGGAGUCACCAAACUUCUAGGCGGGCACAAGGAAACCGUCAAGGCUGUGACUUUUCUCCCUGAGGCCGACGGUGAUACCUCGUCCUACCUAAUCACUGGCUCAGACGACAAGACCAUCAUCGUUUGGAAGACAUCUCACAACGGAGAGGACUUCGCCCCUCUCCAAACCUCGUCUGAGCAUGUUGGUGCCAUAAACUGCAUUUCUGUCUUGCGAGUCAAGGCGGAGUCUCCGAAAUGGAUUAUUGCAACUGGUGCGGCCGAUGCUUCCAUCAAGAUCUGGAGUUUUGAAAACGAUCAGCUCCAGCUGCAGCAAACUCUCAAGACAGCCCCCAAAUACUUCCCCCUUGCCCUAUCCCUGAGCUAUCUUGGUGACGAGGAUGAUGUCUUCGUUCUCGCCUCCGCUGGAACCCGGGACAUCGUCCAGAUCCUGACUGCUGAGGCUAAAGCGGACAAGAUCCAGUUCCAGGUGCAGGCGACGCUUUCUGGCCACGAGGGCUGGAUCAGGUGCCUCAGCUUCACCAAGGAGACGGAUCAACCUGGAAGCGACGUCCUCCUUGCCUCCGCCAGCCAGGAUAAGUACGUCCGAAUCUGGAGAAUCCAUCAGGGCAAAGAACUACCUGCUCUUGUAGUAAGCGGAUCUGACCCCUUGAGCGACGCCUACCUCCCUGGAAAGUCCCCCUCCAACAAGGCUCAUCGACUUAACACUGCUGGCAAGGACUUCUCCGUCACCUUCGAGGCUCUCCUCCUAGGACACGAGGAUUGGAUCUAUAGUGCCCACUGGUGCAGGCAGGCAGAUGGAAAGCUGCAGCUGCUCUCCACCUCUGCAGAUAAUUCUCUUGCCAUCUGGGAGGCGGACCCCAGCUCUGGAAUCUGGAUCAGCAUGGUUAGACUCGGAGAAAUUAGCAGAGAGAAGGGUGCAACUACGGCCACGGGAAGUAUAGGUGGAUUUUGGACGGGUUUGUGGUCUCCCGAUGGCAGCUCAGUCGCCUGCUUAGGCCGUACAGGGAGCUGGAGACGGUGGCAGUACCUGGCAUCUGAGGACUCUUGGAGACCCUGCAUCGCCAUCACGGGCCACACUAGAGCCGUCACUGGUAUCUCCUGGGCCAAGAACGGCGACUAUAUCCUGUCGACGAGCUCAGAUCAGACGACCCGGUUGCAUACCCGUUGGAAGGGCCCAGGAACGGAGACGUGGCACGAAAUGUCCCGGCCCCAGAUCCACGGCUACGACCUCAACUGCAUUGACUCUCUGGGCGAUUCCCAGUUCGUGUCCGGUGCUGAUGAAAAACUCAUGCGGGUGUUCAGCGAGCCCAAGGCUGUGGCCUCGAUGCUCAACCGUCUAGCCGGUAUUGGCGGCGGCGUGGACGUCCAAUCCAUGCCCGACGCCGCUAAUAUGCCUGUGCUUGGCCUGUCAAAUAAGGCCAUCGACGCCGUGGAUGACGACCUGGAGAUCCAGCCCGUUGAUGACCGAGACCGAGAGGCAAUGGACCCAGCUUCAGUAGUCAAGAAAUCACACCUUGAACUCGACCACCCGCCUUACGAGGAGACCCUCUCUCGACACACCCUCUGGCCCGAGACAGAGAAGCUAUAUGGACACGGCUACGAACUCUCGUGUCUCGCAGCGAGCAACGACGGUAAGCUUGUGGCCAGCGCUUGCAAGGCUAGCUCGACCAACCACGCCGUCAUCCGCCUCUUUGAGACGGAGCGUUGGACGGAGCUCCGACCGCCCCUGACGGCCCACUCCCUAACAGCCACGAGACUACGAUUUUCCGCGGACGACCAGUACCUCCUCAGCGUCGGACGAGACCGGCAGUGGGUUGUCUUUGUACGGGUCCCUGAAGAAGACGCUGCCUACAAACUCCUGCAGGUCAAUCCCAAGGGCCAUACCCGUAUGAUCCUCGAUGCCGCAUGGGCACCCUCCACUACACCCCUAUUUGCUACUGCUGGCCGAGACAAGCAGGUUCGCGUCUGGGCUUCCAAGGCUAGUGAGGACGGAAAGCUUCAGUUUACACAAACUGCGUCUAUCCCGUGCGGUGCGCCGGUCACAUCCGUCGACUUUCUAUCCCAAUCUGUCAACAGCAGCUUCGUUCUCGCUGUUGGUACAGAGCUUGGAAGACUCACCUUGUGCUUGGUCAAGGAAGAUGGUUCCGAGGUUGUAGAGAAGCCCGCUUGUGCAGCUUUCUGCUUGCCCAAGGCGGUACUGCAGCUAGCCUGGAGACCAGUAGCAAGAGAGGGUGCCGAGCGGGCGUACGAGAUUGCAGUCGCGGGAGAGGAUACCUCACUCAGAGUGUAUGCUUUUAGCCACGGGUACCUUGGGGGCUCAUGAAAAUUGAAUCCAUUGUCAAUGAACUAAAAUCAAGCCG